AUGGCUGAAAUUGUUCUUUCUGGCUUCUUAACGGUGGUCUUUGAAAAGCUGGCUUCUGAAUCCUUGAAGAAGAUUGCACGCUACAAGGGAAUUGAUUCUGAGCUUAAGAUACUGAAGAGGUCAUUAAUCCAAAUCAAAGAUCUGCUUAAUGACGCAUCCGAGAAGGAAAUAACCAAUGAAGCUGUUAGAAGAUGGUUAAAUGGUCUCCAACAUUUAGCUUACGACAUUGACGACCUACUUGACGAUUUGGCAACGGAAGCUAUGCAUCGUGAGUUCACAGAGGAAUCUGGAGCCACCAGCAACAUGGUAAGAAAGCUAAUCCCAACUUGUUGCAUGAACUUUUCACUAAGUACGAAGAUGCACGACAAGUUAGAUAGUAUUACCACCAAGUUACAAGAACUAGUGGAGGAAAAAAAUAAUCUUGGUUUAAGGGUGAAAGGUGAAAGCCGGAGACAUAUAAAUAUGAAUAGAAGAUUACAGACCUCUUUAGUAGAUGCAUCUAGCAUUGUUGGGCGCGAUGGUGAUAAGGAUGCGUUGCUCCACCAGCUAUUCAAAGAUGAGCCAUGUGAUAGAAAUUUUAGCAUCGUGCCCAUAGUUGGUAUGGGUGGGGUAGGUAAGACCACUUUAGCUAGACUCUUGUAUGAUGAAAUGCAAGGGAAUGAUCAUUUCCUACUCAAGGCAUGGGUUUGUGUUUCUGAUGAGUUUGAUAUCUUCAAAAUAAGCAAAACUAUCUUCCAAUCUAUAGGCGGGGGAAACCAAAAUUUUAGUGAUUUAAAUAUGCUUCAAGUAGCUUUAAAAGAGAAGAUCUCAAAGAAACGAUUUCUGCUUGUUCUUGAUGAUGUGUGGAGUGAAAGCUAUACCGAAUGGGAAAUUCUAGAACGCCCGUUUCUUUCUGGGGCACCAGGAAGUAAGAUUAUUGUUACAACCCGGAAGUUUUCGUUGCUAACCCAAUUGGGUUAUAGUACUCAAGCUUACAGUCUGUCGGUUUUGUCACAUGAGAGUGCUGUAUCUUUAUUUGCUCAACAUGCAUUUGGUGAAAGUAGCUUUGAUUCACAUCCCACACUUAAACCACAUGGCGAAGGUAUUGUGGAAAAAUGUGAUGGUUUGCCGUUGGCUUUGAUAGCACUAGGGAGGAUAUUGAGGACAAAAACAAACGAGGAAGAAUGGAAGGAGCUGUUGGAUAGUGAGAUAUGGAGAUUAGGAAAGAGAGAUGAGAUUAUUCCAGCUCUUAGACUAAGCUACCAUGAUUUGUCAACUUCUUUGAAGCACUUGUUUGCAUACUGCUCUUUGUUCCCCAAAGACUAUGUGUUCGACAUGGAGGAGUUAAUUCUAUUGUGGAUGGUAGAAGGGUUUUUACCCCAAUCGCAUACAAGCAAGUCAAUGGAACGUGUUGGUGUCGAAUAUUUUGAAGAGUUGGUGUCAAGGUCGUUUUUUCAACAUGCGCCCGAUGACAAAUCGUUGUUUGUGAUGCAUGACCUCAUGAAUGAUUUGGCGACAUCUGUUGCUGGAGAUCUUUUUUCAAGGUUAGACAUUAAGAUGAAGAAGGAAGUUAGGAAGGAAGGUAUGGAACAGUAUCGGCAUAUGUCAUCUGUUUGUGAGAAAUACAUGGUUUACAAAAGGUUUGAGGCAUGCAAAGCAGCUAAAAAUUUGAGGACAUUCUUAGCAACCUCAGUUGUGGUGAAGAAAAGUCGGGAAAUAUUUUUCAUAUCAAAUAAGAUUCUAACCGAAUUACUUUGUGAGCUACCAUUAUUAAGGGUCCUAAGUUUGAGUUGUCUUAACAUAAAUUUGGUGCCUGAAUUUAUUGGUAUUUUGAAACACUUGAGGUAUCUUAAUUUAUCUCGAACUGGAAUCACACAUUUACCCGAUAAUGUCAGCAAUCUUUAUAAUCUACAGACGUUGAUCGUUUUUGGUUGUCGUAGUUUAAAAGAGUUGCCCAAGAGCUUCUCAAAGCUUAAAAAUUUGCAACAUUUUGACAUGAGGGAUACUCCACUAUUGAAAAAGAUGCCCUUAGGGAUUGGUGGGUUGAAAAGUCUAAGAAUUCUCUCUAAAUUUAUCAUUGAAGGUGACAAUGGGUUUUCAAUAACUGCGCUUAAAGAUUUAAAGGAUCUCCAAGGAAAAAUUUCCAUUCAGGGUUUGGACAAAGUGCAAAGCGGAACACUUGAAAAGGAGGUGUUCAAUGUGUUAAAGCCUCAUAAUGAUAGUCUGAAAGAGCUCGGAAUUGUGUCAUAUGGAGGUAAAGAGUUUCCAAAUUGGGUUGGGGAUCCCUCAUUUCUUUGGUUGGCUCAUGUGUCGAUAAAUGGUUGUAAAAAUAGUACAUUUCUACCACCACUUGGGCAGCUUCCAUCACUUAAGGAGUUAUUUAUUGAAGGUAUGGCUAUGUUUAAAGUUGUGGGCCCGGAGUUUCGUGGGACUAGUCUUGCAUUCCCUUCACUUAAAAUUCUAAGUUUUCGAGAUAUGAAGGGUUGGGAAGCAUGGUUAGCAAAUGCAACAUUUCCAUGCCUUGAAGAGCUUUCGCUAGAUCGAUGUCCAAAUUUGGUUAAAAUCUCACUUGAAACCCUACCUUCACUAAGGGUUCUAAGAAUAAACCGUUGUGGUCCUGAUGUGUUAACAAAUCUGAUUCGUGUAGCUUCAUCGGUCACCAAGUUGGAUAUCAGGCAUAUUUCAGGACUUAAUGAUAAGGUGUGGGGAGGUGUUUUACAGUGUCUUGGGGCAGUUGAAGAAUUAAGAAUCGAAUGGUGUAAUGAAAUAAGACACUUGUGGGAAUCAGAUGCAAAGGCAGGUAACAUUCUUGUGAAUUUAAGGAAGCUAGAAGUAACUUAUUGUUCAAAUUUGGUGAGUUUAGGAGAGAAAGAAGUGGUUAAUUUUGGCCAUGGGAGCAACCUGGAGUUUAUCAGGAUAUAUUUCUGUAAAAAAAUGCAGCAUUUCAGUUGCCCGGAUAGCAUCGAGUCAUUGAGUAUAUUUGAUUGUGCUUCAGUUACAUCCAUCUCCUUCCGAAAUGGAGGGAAGAAGCUCAAGUCACUUUCCAUUCGAGGUUGUGAGAAACUGUUGCAAAAGGAGCUUAUCAACUCAAGCAUGCAGAUGCUUGAAUACAUACAAAUAGAAAAUUGUCCAAGCAUGGAUGCUUCCUUUCCUCGUGGACUUUGGCCUCGAAACUUGUGUUCCCUUUCAAUAGGGUGGUUGAAGACACCUAUCUCAGAGUGGGGCCCACAGAAUUUUCCAAUCUCACUUGUUGACCUACGGUUGGGUGGACAGUCAGAAGAUGUGACUAAUUUUAGUCAACUGUCUCAUCUUCUUCCUUCGUCUCUUACUUCUCUUCGCAUACAUGGAUUUGAGAAACUGGAAUUGGUUUCAGUGGGACUCCAACACCUCACCUCCCUCCAGCAUCUCUCUAUUUACUACUGCCCAAAUACGAUGGAUCUACCAGGAAUGUUGUUGACUUCACUUUUGAGUUUGACUAUACUUAGAUGCCCGAAUCUGAAAGAAAGGAGUGAUAGAAGAGACUCCUACUGGUCCCUCAUCUCACUUAUCCCCUGUAUCUACAUAUCUUGA